AUGACUCCAGGGUUGUUUCAGACGAGCUCAGAGCUCGAGCUGGAGUGUGAGCUCGUCGAAGACAGCGACGAUGCUGAGGAGGAAGAUGAGGUGGAAGAUGCAAAGGUGGAAGAAGUUGAAGAAAAUAAUUGGGAAGAAGAAGUAAAGGAUGAGCUCGAUGGGUCUGCAGACGACGCUGAUGGAAUGGACAGCGACUGCUCCAGCAGCAGCAGCAGCAGCAGCAGCGGCUGCCACGAGGAUGAGCUCGAUGAGGACGGCAAAAACGUGCUGGAAGACGACAGCCACGUGGAGGAUGAGGAGGAAGGGGACGACGACGAGGACGACAACGACCAUGUGGAUGACGUUGAAGGCGUUUCCGUCUGCGAAGAGCUGGGAAGCUUUGAAGAGCUCUGGGUCAGCGACGGCAAGGACGAGGUGGAAAACCUCGAGGACGACGUUGUGGGCAGCGACGAGAACGUCAGCAGGCUCUGGGUGUUCAUGCUAGACGAACUUGAAAAAGACGGUAAAGUGGAAGAGCUUGGAAAAUCACUCAGCGGCCACGACAGCGAUGAAGGAGGCAACGUGGACAGAGAGGGCGAUGAGCUUGGUACAGACACGGUGGGCAGCGAGGAGGGAAUUAGUGAUGUCAGCAGCAAAACCGAGGAAGACGAUGUUGGUGACGAUGACGAGGAAGGGAUGGUGGAUGAAGUUGUUGGCGGCAGCGAAGUUGAGGGGGACUGCGCGGAAGACAUUGUGGGCAGCAGCGGCAGGAGCGAGGUGCUAAAAUUAUCACUGUGCGACCCUGAGGAUGGAGAAAAUGAGCGGGAGGAGGAAAAUGCUGAGGAAAAUGUGGGCAGUGUUGAAGGUCCCGACAACGUUGUUGUAGACAAGGACGACGGCACAGUGGAGGACAAAGACGAAAUGGUAAAUGACGAUGAUGAUGAUGAUGACGAUGCUGUUGUAGAUGCAGACAAGGUUGGCGAAGAAGACGGAAAAGCUUCGCUGUUGGAGGUGGCAGUGGCAGUGGCAGACGGCAGCUGGGUGAGGUUUGUGCGAGCUUGA